UAGACGUAAAAGGUUAAGCAGCAUUCAAUGAACAGUACUUCAAGUGUUGGUAUUGCAAUUGGAAAGUGUUAAAAAACUUUCAGAAUUAAAAAUCCUUUAUUCGUCCCACAUAGCAGAGCAAAUUGUUACAGUUACAGACUGUUAAAGGUACAGUGCAGAUAAAAAAAGUAAAAUUAUGAUGACUAACAUUAAGAAUAAAGAUGUGCACAGCCAUAAAAUUAAAAACAUUAAAUUGACAUUCAUGGUAAAAAAAUAAUUGAAGUGAACAUAUAAAAUAAGUUGAGUAGCAGCCAGUGUCAACAUCAGUUUCAAGCUUUCAAUAAGUGUUUAUUACACGUAUAGAUUAUUAAUAUUACAUUGGCUUUGGUCCAGGGCAGGCUAAUUUAGUGCAAGCUAAUGUGAAUCAAAAAGCUUUUCACAGCCCUGCCUUUGUUUCUAUUGCUCACUUGGGAUGCCUGCAGUGUAGUCAAUCAUUAAGUAAACACAAUGGCUGUUGUAUCUUUGAUAAACGAAGACAUCCCAUCAGUGCCAGGUCUGACACUGAACAGUAAUGGAGCUUUAUAAACAGCCUCUGUUCUCUGAGGAAGUCAAAACAAUGGUUACAGAUGCAGUCACCUGCCACUCACCAGAGACAGAUGCCAGAAAGUUUCCACAGCUUUUUCUGCCCACACUCCGGAGACACUUGAGGAAUGGCUCAGACUCUGUGACUGGAUAUUGUCAGAGCGAGAUAAUCAUGGCGAGCAUGGCGGUUCAGCUCCUCGGCUUCUUCUUGGGGCUGUUGGGUUUUGUAGGAACUGUUGUCGCAACUGUGCUCCCCCACUGGCGCAGCACAGCCUACGUGGGCUCCAACAUCAUCACAGCCACCGCCUAUAUGAAAGGCCUGUGGAUGGAGUGUGUGUGGCACAGUACCGGCAUUUACCAGUGUGAGCUGUACAGAUCUCUACUGGCACUGCCACAAGACCUGCAGGCUGCUCGGGCGCUCAUGGUGCUCUCCAGCGUCACCUCAGUGCUGGCCUCUCUGGUGUCUGUGAUGGGGAUGAAGUGCACCCGCUUCGCCCGGUACUCAGUGAUCAAGUCCGCCCUAGUGCUAAGUGGGGGAGUUUGUUUCAUCUGUGCCGGCCUGCUCUGCCUGAUCACCGUGUCCUGGACCACCAACAAUGUCAUCUUGGACUUCUACGACCCCUUCCUCCCCAGCGGGAUGAAGUAUGAGAUCGGCCUGGCCGUGUACCUGGGCUUUGCCUCGUCCUUCCUCAGCCUGAGCGGAGGGAUGGUGCUCUGCUGGAGCAGCAGCUCUAACAGGUCACAGAGGCCCCUACUUAUGCAGAGGAGUCCACCAUUACCAGCUCCCCCCGCCUUCAACCCAAGCUAUCCUCCUGCUCCACCCUACAAGCCCCCCGAGGCCCUGAGGGACAAUCGUGCUCCUUCACUCUGCUCCCUGGCCAGCAGUGGCUAUAGGCUCCAUAACUACGUCUGAGGGAAAUACUAACAUGAUAACUGCAGACUGUUGUGAACCAAAAAAAUACUGUUUAGACCAAAGAGUCAACACAACACUUAUUUAAUAUCAGAACAGGUAUUUUAUCCUCUCAUAAAAUGAAGAAAGAACAGUAUUUACCUCACCAUGUCUGACCAAAAUUCAGAUUCUGAGAGGAUACAACAGAUUAUAAAAACUCCUCGGGCUUUCCUUUGGCCUAAACCUGAUCUGAGAGACUAGCAGAACUCACAUUAUGUAAGAGGACUGAGGGCGUACAUGUUGACCUCAUGCAAUCCACCUAAAGAACCAGAAGGUGGCAAUAUUUUACUGCAAAUGGCAACAAAGGAACAACAAACGUUAAUGGAUAGACUUUUCUCCCUUUUUGCAGCCUGACGUGGAGUCUACUUUUUUCUGGGAUCGAAUUUAAAAAGUGUAGUUAUUUUAGAAAGAAAUGGAUAUUUUGUUGCAGUAUCCAAAAUAUUCAUGCCAAAGAAAAUUUUAAAAUUUUUUAAAAAGCUGUCUAAGGAUUUAAACAUUGAUUUUUGUGUUUCUAUUAUUUUUCAAAGCUGAUGUUUUGACAUGAAAAGUAUUCCACAGCUGUAAUUAAUUAAAUGUAAUUAAGCUGGUUGCUGUGGUACAGGUGCUGUGAUAGGGACCUACCAUGGGUGAGAUAUUGAGCUAUGCCCUAAAAUUAAUAAUGGAUUAUCAUCAGGAAACUCUUCUGCAGGUAUGAACACCAGACUUUAUUGGCUCAACUUUUGUUCCAUGUUUGCUAUGUUUAAGAAUAUAUUUUGCAAAGCUUAAAGAAGCCAACAGAUGGCGACAAAGAUCUUUUGAGAAGGCAGCUUAAAGCCUUUAGUAAGAACUGCUUUUUAUACAUGUAACGACAUCAUUGCUAUACUGUAUAGUAGAGGCUAUAAUCUGGAUAUUAUCACUUUGUUAUAAAUGGCUCUAACAUGCAGCCUGAGUCCUUAAAGUCCUAUGUGUAAAAUAUAAGCUUGUAUAAUUUUUUGGAGGAUGAGUUUAUCUGUGAUGCUUUCCAGGCUGUUUGCUUAUAACUACCUGUGGUACUGUGGAUGUGUUUUUGUUAGAAAACCUUCCAAUUAGAGUCGCUCUCUGUCUGGCAGCCCGUCAGCCACACAGACACUCAAUUAGAGGACAUGUCGCAUUUCAAGCAAGUCACUUAUUUUAUUUCCUGAAGUCCAACUAGUCAGCAUCAACAUAUUUACAAGGAGCUCAUUUAUAUUGCCCAAACAAUAUAUCUUGUUUAGUUUUCAGGGAAAAAAAUGUUAAUUCCUUUUGAAAGAAUUUGAAGAAAUAUCACAUCAAGGCAAAUAUUAAAGUUAAAGGAAUAAUGAGACACACAAGGCUUCACACCAAAGAAAAUAAAAAGCGAAACUCUAAUUGGUGUUUUAAGUAUUUCUGCUGUGAGCUCUAAGGUUUCCAAAUUCAGCACCAUGGACAGCUAUGCUAAAGCCUUGAGGAAACUCAAAUAAUGCUGCACAAUAUUUUCUGUCAGACAGGGAUAAUAGAUUAUUUAGAUCCUUUAAUAAUUUCCCAUGGCUCGGAGGCAGGCUUUAGGAGGUCAAAUCCAUUACCAUUGGCAUACAUAGAUAUGUGUAGCAUCUAAAGAGAAGAGUGUCCCUUACAGUACAAGAUACUUGUAAUACAUAGCCAAUACAAGUUGUUGCUUUGAUUACUUUAAUCAGCUUUAUUAAAUAGACAUCGUUUGUGCAAUUGAAAACAGAAUAGUCAAGUAAUUGAUGCAUUUAAGACUGGUUUUGUUGACAUGUGUACCAUAAUUGACCAAAAUAAUGCUAUGUGAGUCGCCAUUGCUCUUUGUUCGUACUCCGUGUACAUAAAGUAGAUUUGGACCUUUUUAUAUUCAAAUGCAAAA